AUGACAGAUACUGUAAGCCUUGAUGGCCUAGUACAAGGGGUAAAAAUGGAAAAUAAAACAACUGAGAAAAGGAAAGGGUGGAAAGAACCGUCCGGUGAAUUACCGUCCUUUGCUCGACCGGAUAAGAGUGAUGGUAGCAAAGGGAAAUAUUGCAUGAUUCCUUGGCUGGAUCAGUCUCGAAGGCCGUGUCUUGUUCAUUCCAUUUUUUUGCACUUAUCGAUCAGAGAUAAACAUGAGGUCAGCAUGAACAAUAGAAAAAUAACAGGCUUGCUAAUUAAUAGCAAUACCACUACAAGAUCAGGUUACUUUAAAUGUGGUAAAAAGCCGAAUUCAGGUUACUUUAAAUGUGGUGAAAAGCCGAAUUCAGGUUACUUUAAAUGUGGUGAAAAGCCGAAUUCAGGUUACUCUAAAUUUGCGGUAAAGCCAGGAAUUUCCGGUUACAAAUGGACAAAAGUGACCCAAAAUGGAUUACUUCUUGGGUCAUUUUUGUCCAUUUAA